GGCUAAUUCGUAGAACACCCCCAUAUUCUGAUAAUGGUACGGUCGACUCCGCUGUCAAGUUGAAAUAGCCUAUUUCAAGGGCAGUAAUUCCGCCUUGUUUUCACUUUUCUCGGCUCUUAUCUUUUAAGCAAACAUGCUUUGCAGAGUCUGGCAAAUGCGCAGUUGUGCAUCAGUUCUUAACCAAGCAGCUUCUUGGAAAGUCGGAUCCAGACAGAAACAUACACUUCCUGACCUGACCUAUGACUAUGGCGCCCUGGAGCCCCACAUCUGUGCAGAGAUAAUGCAGCUGCACCACAGCAAACACCAUGCAACCUAUGUCAACAACCUCAAUGUAACAGAGGAGAAGUAUCAGGAGGCACUUGCUAAGGGAGACGUGACCGCACAGGUAGCUCUUCAGGCGGCUUUGAAGUUCAACGGAGGAGGUCACAUUAACCACACCAUCUUUUGGACGAACCUUUCUCCUAAUGGUGGAGGCGAGCCACAAGGGGAGCUCAUGGAGGCCAUCAAACGAGACUUUGGCUCCUUCCAGAAGAUGCAGGAGAAGCUCUCCGCUGCCACGGUGGCGGUGCAGGGCUCAGGAUGGGGAUGGCUAGGUUAUGACAAAGAGAGUGGAAGAUUACGCGUCGCUGCUUGUGCUAACCAAGACCCUCUGCAGGGAACUACAGGUCUCAUCCCCCUCCUCGGUAUUGACGUUUGGGAGCACGCUUACUAUCUUCAGUAUAAAAAUGUCCGCCCUGACUAUGUAAAGGCUAUUUGGAAUGUCGUUAACUGGGAAAAUGUGAGUGACCGUCUUCAGACGGCCAAAAAGUAGAAGCAAAUCUCCUACAACUUUAAUCAAAUAAUAAUAUUCAGAUCAAUAGAAUCACAAUAAAUGAGUGUUGCUCUGAUUGUAUUGUUUUUGGAGGAUGUACAUUGAAUAAACUUAAAGUUAUAUGCAAUUUACUUUUUGUAACCAGCUGUCAACUUUUGUCAGAACGCACAAAAAAUGGCCGCCUUUAACGUCAAAGGUGGCUUUUGUUUUCGACGAUGGAAGAACAAAUUCAGAGCUGGAUGGUUGUCUGACUUGCAUGACACUAAAAUCAGAUUCCAGUUCAUGUUUUUGAUGUAAUAAAUUCAAACAUUUCAAAUAAAA